ACAACUUCUCCCCGGUCACCCAAUGUUUAGCAUAAAGGUUUGAAAUUCAUCACAUUUGACCUGAGAUUUAAUGAUUUAACUUUAAGCGACGUUAAGCAACGUAAGCAAAAUAUAGUUUUGCUCAAAAAAUAAAUAAAAUAAAAACGAAUAAAUUUUGCAUGCAUCUAUUUACAGCCUGGAGAGUCAGUCGUGUAAGAUCAGGAAGGAAGUGGGUAAGUAAAGAAAUGAUCAUCAUAGCCAAAACGCACCGGGAUGUGAGGGGUUAACCUUCUCUUCGCGGUGCAUUGUGGGAUAGCGAAUGAUCAGCGAUGGCGGCCAGACUAAAGCGUCUGAAACUUUUCGUGGUAACUUAUUUGCAUGUAACGUUCCUGUCUUUGCACGCGUUUACCGACGCGGCGGACGUGGCGUGGGAUGAAAACGGAUACAUCCUGUACUGUCCGUGCAUGGGUCGGUUCGGAAACCAAGUGGAUCAUUUCCUCGGAUCGCUGGCUUUUGCUAAAAUGCUGAACCGAACGCUCGCGGUUCCGCCGUGGAUUGUUUACCGGCAUCUCCCGCCUUUUCAAAAUGUGCAUGUUCCCUACAGUGAGUAUUUCCAAUUGGAGCCAGUGAAGCAGUACCACCGUGUGGUGAGUCUGGAGGACUUCAUGGAGCACUUGGCUCCUAAGCACUGGCCCCCGGGUCAGAGAGUGGCCUACUGCUUCGAAUCUGCAGCUCAGAGGAGCGUAGACAAAAAGAGCUGUCCCAUGAAGGACGGAAAUCCUUUCGGCCCCUUUUGGGACCAUAUCGGAGUCGACUUUGAUGGCUCCGUUCUCUUCGGAGGACUGUCGUUCAGCUCGUACUAUCAGCCUCACUGGAUAAAAAGGUUUCCUCCGAAAGAGCAUCCAGUUCUCGCUCUUCCAGGAGCCCCCGCGCAGUUCCCCAUUCUAGAGGAGCACAUCGGACUGCAGGAGUAUGUGGUGUGGUCUGAAAAAAUGGUACAGGAAGGAGAAGACCACAUCAGAAGCCUGCUAAACAGACCCUACGUGGGAAUUCAUCUGAGAAUCGGCUCGGACUGGCAAAAUGCCUGCAAGCUUCUGAAGUCGGGUGAAACCGGUCCUCACUUCAUGGCAUCUCCGCAGUGUGUGGGAUACGAGCGCCAGACCGCCCUGCCGCUGACCAUGGACAUGUGUUUACCAGACCUGCCUGAGAUCCGCCGCGCCGUCAAGCUCUGGGUGAAGAUCACCAACGCUCAGUCCGUUUACAUCGCCACCGACUCCGAAUCACACGCCGCAGAGAUUCAGAGACUCUUCAGGGGCAAGGUGAAGGUGGUGAGCUUGCAGCCGGACACCGCUCAGAUCGACCUGUAUGUCCUCGGUCAGGCCGAUCACUUCAUCGGCAACUGCGUUUCGUCUUUCUCGGCCUUCGUUAAAAGGGAGAGAGACGUUCGCGGGAGACCCUCGUCGUUCUUUGGGAUGGACUACCUGGGAAAAAGGAAAGGAAAGGAGGAGCUCUGAUAAAAAUGAAGAUGUUACGUUUUUUGUAACUGAAGGGUGGUUGAGGUUUUGCAUGUUUCAGGUGUCUGGGCAGAUUUUGGACAAGAACGUUUGGAUAGGGUUCACGUAAUCAAAUGAAG